CCAAAGUCUUCUGUCCUUCCUUCCCCACAUGUGAAGAGUCAUGUCAGACAAAGGAGGAGAGAAGGCGAGCCUGGUGAGGAAGGAGGGGGAGAGUCCAGCAGCACAGGCCAGUCAGAACAAAGGAGCUCCCUGUGUGCCAUGUUGCCACAAGGGUGAGUGAGGGAGGUGGGGGAGUGGGGGAGUGUUGGAGGUGGGGGAGAUACGGAGUGUGGGAGGUGCGGGAGAUACGGAGGUGAGGGAGGUGGGGGAGAGAGGAAGGUGGGGAAGACAAAGAUGUUAUCAGUCUUUCAUUCAGAUGUUACAGAUGUAUAGCACUUAUUACAAACACACGUGUCAGAGAGUAGGCUUUGUCCUAACAGUCUUAGAUUGCCUUGUCCUUGUCUCUAUUCCUUCAUGACUUCUGAUUUGAAAGGACUUGAUUAGUAACAUGAUAUGUUCAAUAUGACAAGCCACUAAUCUGAAAGGUAGGAAGGUAUGUAGGAGGGUUAGGACACAGCCCCUGGUCACCAGCAAGAGCAGAAAGAGACACACUGCCAUGGCAAAGUCACCUUCAUACCCAAUGCGCACGCACACACACACACACACACACACUCUCACACACGCCAGUCAUUUAUCCUAGCAGAGACACAGGGGACCCUGGUGACAUUAUAAAAGCUAGCAUAGUGCAGUGGUGAUAGUUGCUGACCAGCCAAACUCUGGUUUAGGCUUACUGUCGCUCAAUAGCACAUAGUAGAGCGAGUGCUGUGGUAUAUAUACUGUGAUUGCUAUAUGGCAUACAUCUUCUUCCACUUCACGCUAACAGUUUCAUACCCAGGCAGCUAGCUACUAACAAUGCUGACUUAGGCAAAAGAAGUGGCAGGAUUUUAAAGGCACAGUUCACCUCAAAAUCAAACACACUUUAAUCUUACCAUGGCCCCAUUCAGGCUGUGCCUAAUAUGGUGCCAUGUGGUUUCCUAUUUAGAGAGAUGAUUACCUGGUAUACCAGUGGUCAAUACCAUUAAGUUAAACCAUGCUAGCUAGCGGUUCGAUAAUGGACUGAGUUAAACUAAUUGGCUGGGCUUGAGUGGAGAUGUAUGGGGUAGCGAGAGGCAAUUUAUCACAGGCCCAGUAGACCAGACCAGGCAGGGCUAGUGUAGCUGGCCUGGCCGUCAGUACUUGACAGUACAUUGGCUUUACAAAGCACGCCUUAAUAAAGGCUUCAACAAAACUUUGGAUACUACUUUAGUAUGAAGCAAUGUAUUGACCAUUCAUACUAAAUAGCCUAGUAUGCUAGUGUGGAUAUUAUUUAGGACACAGUCAAGGAAUGUACGAGGGACUUACCAAGGGUAAGGCAUUAGUUGGCCUGUAGAUCCUCUAGUUAGUAGAUGCUGUGUGGUGUGUAUGUUGGUGUGUGUUUUGCUUCUGUUGAAAACCUUUCUAGAGCAGUGUGUGGUGUGUGUGUGUGACUGUGAACGCAUAGAUAGAUGCUCGGUGGACACUGUGUGUAGGCCUAGAUGCUGUGUGUGUUUGCUUCAGUGCAAUGCCACUUCACUAGAACACAGCAGUGUUCUGUGUGAAGUCAUAGGUAGGUGCUGUGUUGGACCUUUUCUGCAUAGAAUGAAUGUGAUGUUUUGCUUGUGUGCUGGAGGUUGCGCUCCAUUUGUACAGCCUUUUGCCUCCUGUGAGUCAGAGAAGUGAUGUUGUAGUAUCAGAGAUACACCCAAACCUGUCUAUCUCUCUCCACAGUCGCCAUGGCUGUUCCUCCUGCAUACUCAGACCUGGGAAAAGCCGCCAAAGACAUCUUCAGCAAGGGCUAUGGUAAGUCAGUAAAUCCCCCUGCUCCCCCCCCCCCCCCCCCCCCCCCCCCCCCCCCCCCACCACCACCACACGCAAGGAGAAAGGGAGGACACAAUUACAUAUUUCAUGUGUCUGUAAGCUCUUAGGCUCUCUCUCUCUCUCUCUCUCUCUCUCUCUCUCUGAGACAUAAACCUCAGCUGGUCAUGAAGGACUCUGUGACCUCUAACCUUAUUUACGACCCCAGGGGUCAGCGGAUGGGGGCUGGGACUCAGUGUGUGUGUGUUUUUAGACUUGUUUCAUGCUCAUCUAUAGUGAGUCAAACAGUGCCUCUUGUCAUCUUUGUUUCAUACCAUUAGAUCUACUUUUCUGCAAAUGUUCUUGUUUCACAACUAUAAAGCUUUAAAGCUUGGAUGACCCUCAAUGAAAACCGUCAUGUAAAUGAUGUAUACAAUAACGAAGGGCUACAGAGAAGUAUCCCAAAUCAAAAUGUGGUCUGCUCCUCUAUUUUGUAUGAAUAGAGACAUGAUUUUUCUCUUCCUUCUCCUCUUUCUCUUUUCACCUCCAGGCUUUGGAAUCGUGAAACUGGACCUAAAGACCAAGGCCCAGAGUGGAGUUGUAAGUACAAUCUCUCUCUCUGUCUCUGUCUCUCUCUCUCUCUCUCUCUCUCUCUCUGUCUCUCUCUCUCUCUCAUUUCAAUUUAAGGGCUUUAUUGGCAUGGGAAACACAUGUUAACAUUGCCAAAGCACGUGAAGUAGAUAGUAAACAAAAGUGAAAAAAACUAUCAAUAUUAACAGUAAACAUUACACUCAGAAGUUCCAAAAGAAAAUACAUUUCAAAUGUCAUAUUAUGUCUAUAUACAUUGUUGUAACAAUGUGCAAAUAGUUCAAGUACAAAUGGGAAAAUAAAUAAACAUAAAUAUGGGUUGUAUUUACAAUGGUGUUUGUUCUUCACUGGUUGCCCUUUUCUUGUGGCAACAGGUCACAAAUCUUGCUGCUGUGAUUGCACACUGUGGUUUUUCACCCAGUAGAUAAGGGAGUUUAUCAAAAUUGGGUUUGUUUUCGAAUUCUUUGUGGAUCUCUGUAAUCUGAAGGAAAUAUGUGUCUCUAAUAUGGUCAUACAUUUGGCAGGAGGUUAGGAAGUGCAGCUCAGUUUACACCUCCAUUUUGUGGGCAGUGUGCACAUAGCCUGUCUUCUCUUGAGAGCCAGGUCUGCCUACGGCGGCCUUUCUCAAUAGCAAGGCUAUGCUCACUGAGUCUGUACAUAGUCAAAGUUUUCCUUAAUUUUGGGUCAGUCACAGUGGUCAGGUAUUCUGCCACUGUGUACUCUCUGUUUAGGGCCAAAUAGCAUUCUAGUUUGCUCUGUUUUUUUGUUAAUUCUUUCCAAUGUGUCAAGUAAUUCUCUUUUUGUUUUCUCAUGAUUUGGUUGGGUCUAAUUGUGUUGUUGUUGUUGUCCUGGGGCUCUGUGGGGUCUGUCUGUGUUUGUGAACAGAGCCCCAGGACCAGCUUACUUAGGGGACUCUUCUCCAAGUUCAUCUCUCUGUAGGUGAUGACUUUAUUAUGGAAUGUUUGGGAAUCGCUUCCUUUUAAGUGGUUAUAGAAUUUAACGGCUAUUUUCUGGACUUUGAUAAUUAGCGGGUAUCGGCCUAAUUCUGCUCUGCAUGCAUUAUUCUGUGUUUUUCAUUGUACACAGAGGAUAUUUUUGCAGAAUUCUGCAUGCAGUCUCAAUUUGGUGUUUGUCCCAUUUUGUGAAUUCUUGGUUGGUGAGCGGACCACAGACCUCACAACCAUAAAGGGCAAUGGGUUCUAUAACUGAUUGAAGUAUUUUUAGCCAGAUCCUAAUUGGUAUGUCAAAUGUUAUGUUCCUUUUGAUGGCAUAGAAGGCCCUUCUUGCCUUGUCUCUCAGAUCGUUCACAGCUUUGUGUAAGUUACCUGUGGCGCUGAUGUUUAGGCCGAGGUAUGUGUAGUUUUUUGUGUGUUCUAGGGCAACGGUGUCUAGAUGGAAUUUGUAUUUCUGGUCCUGGCAACUAGACCUUUUUUGGAACACCAUUAUUUUUGUCUUACUGAGAUUUACUGUCAGGGCCCAGGUCUGACAGAAUCUGUGCAGAAGAUCUAGGUGCUGCUGUAGGCCCUCCUUGGUUGGUGACAGAAGCACCAGAUCAUCAGCAAACAGUAGACAUUUUACUUCAGAUUCUAGUAGGGUGAGGCCGGGUGCGGCAGACUGUUCUAGUGCCCUCGCCAAUUCGUUUAUAUAUAUGUUGAAGAGGGUGCGGCUUAAACUGCAUUCCUGUCUCACCCCACGGCCCUGUGGAAACCGCACGCUUGUUGUUUGUGUACAUGGAUUUUAUAAUGUUGUAUGUUUUUCCCCCAACCCCACUUUCCAUUAAUUGGUAUAGCAGACCCUCAUGCUAAAUUGAGUCAAACGCUUUUUUGAAAUCAACAAAGCAUGAGAAGACUUUGCCUUUGUUUUGGUUUGUUUGUUUGUCAAUUAGGGUAUGCAGGGUGAAUACAUCGUCUGUCGUAUGGUAAUUUGGUAAAACGCCAAUUUGACAUUUGCUCAGUACAUUGUUUUCACUGAGGAAAUGAACUCUCUCUCUCCCCUCCUCCUCCUCCUCCCCCUCCUCUGUUUUAUACGCUAUACCAUAUGUUUCUUAGAGCUUGGUGCAUACAACCUUCCCACAACAUUCUGGGAAUGGUGCAGGAUACCCAGCUAGCACAUAACGUUCUGAGAACCAAAUGUUUCUUAGGAGGGAAUUUCAGAACUUCAGCAUAACAUUUUCUGCAGGUUUCCUCAUGGUUCUAUUUAAAGUCAUGUUCUCAGAACAUUAAGAAAACUUUCCAUAAAAACCACAAGAAAACAUUAGUAACGUUCAAAGAAUGUUCAAAGAAUGUUAUUUAAAAACAUAUACAUUCUGUUCUCAGCGUCAACAAAACUCUUUCUAUCUUCUAUCUUGUGUGUUCAGGUGUGUUGGCCGUGCCCACUAAUUGGCCACUCCUGAUCUUAAUGGUGUUUGUUUCCUUUGAAUUUGGGUCUGUUUGAAUAGACUAAAAUGAACAGCUUUGUAUGAGUAAAAAAAAACAUGGCAUGCUAGCUCCAUCCUGGUGGCGCAGAGGACUAAUUCCAUGGAUAGAGAACAGAAGAUCAUAGGUUCUCAGAACGUUAUUUAAUUACUGUAAAAUAACCUAUUAAUCCGUUAAUAAAACUUCCCAGGAACACUUUCAGGGAACCAUAUUAAAACAUUCUCAGAACGUCCCUGCAACCUAAAAAUGAACGUUCCCAGAACAGACAACAUUUUCACUUCCGUUCUCAGAAUGUUUAAAAAACGUUCCCAGAACUAAUGGGAAACCAAAAACCCACAACUUCCCUAGCUGGGAGUAGACUCCUCUGCCUACAGUAUUUAGACCCCUUGACUUUUUCCACAUUUUGUUACGUUACAGCCUUAUUCUAAAAUUUAUUAAAUAAAUAAAAAUCAUUGAUUUGAUUUGACAAUAUCCCAUAAUGUCAAAGAGAAAACAGGUUUUUAGAAUUUUUUGCAAAUGUAUUACAAAUAAAAAACUGAAAAAUUACAUUGACAUAAGUAUUCAGACCCUUUGCUAUGAGACUCGAAAUUGAGCUCAGGUACAUUCUGUUUCUGUUGAUCAUCCUUGAGAUGUUUCUACAACUUGAUUGGAGUCCACCUGUGGUAAAUUCAAUUGAUUGGACAUGAUUUGGAAAGGUACACACAUCUAUAUUGUAAGUCGCUCUGGAUAAGAGCGUCUGCUAAAUGACUAAAAUGUAAUGUAAAAUGUAUAUAAGGUCCCACAGUUGGCAGUGCAUGUCAGAGCAAGAACCAAGCCAUGAGGUCGAAGGAAUGGUCCGUAGACCUCCGAGACAAGAUUGUGUCGAGGCACAGAUCUGGGGAAGGGUACCAACAAAAUUCUGCAGCAUUGAAGAUCCCCAAGAGCACAGUGGCCUCCAUCAUUCUUAAAUGGAAGAAGUUUGGAAUCACCAAGACUCUUCCUAGAGCUGGCUGCCUGGCCAAACUGAGCAAUCGGGGGAGAAGGGCCUUGGUCAGGGAGGUGACCAAGAACCUGAUGGUCACUCUGACAGAGUUCUAGAGUUCCUCUGUGGAGAUGGGAGAACCUUCCAGAAGGACAACCAUCUCUGCAGAACUCCAUCAAUCAGGCCUUUAUGGUAGAGUGGCCAGACGGAAGCCACUCCUCAGUAAAAGGCACAUGGCAGCCCGCUUGGAGUUUGCCAAAAGGCACCUAAAGACUCUCAGACCAUGAGAAACAAAAUUCUCUGAUCUGAUGAAACCAAGAUUUAACUCUUUGGCCUGAAUGCCAAGCCUGGAGGAAAUCUGGCACCAUCCCUACGAUGAAGCAUGGGGGUGGAAGCAUCAUGCUGUGGGGAUGUUUUUCAGGGGCAGGGACUGGGAGACUAGUCAGGACGAGUGAAAGAUGAACAGAGCAAAGUACAGAGCGAUCCUUGAUGAAAACCUGCUCCAGAGCGGACUGGGGCGAAGGUUCACCUUCAAACAGGACAACGACCCUAAGCACACAGCCAAAACAACGCAGGAGUGGCGUCGGGACAAGUCUCUGAAUGUCCUUGAGUGGCCCAGCCAGAGCCCAGACUUGAACCCGAUCUAACAUCUCUGGAGAGACCUGAAAAUAGCUGUGCAGCAACACUCCCCAUCGAACCUGACAGAGCUUGAGAGGAUCUGCAGAGAGGAAUGGGAGAAACUCCCCAAAUACAGGUGUGCCAAGCUUGUAGCGACUCAAGGCUGUAAUCGCUGCCAAAGAUGCUUCAACAAAGUACUGAGUAAAGGGUCUGAAUACUUGUGUAAAUGUGAUUUUUCAGUUUGUUAUUUUUAAUACAUUUGCGAAAAAAUAAAUAACUUUUUGCUUUGUCAUUAUGGGCUAUUGUUUGUAGAUUGAUUCCAUUUUUUUUAUUUUUUUUGGAUCCAUUUUAGAAUAAGGCUAUAAAGUAACAAAAUGUGGAAAAAGUCAAGGGGUCUGAAUACUUUCCGAAUGCACUGUAUUUAUCUGGAAUUGUCCUGCAACACUCAGUGAUCAGAUGUGUAAUAUUUGAGAAAUACUAACACACACGUUCACAUUACAUUGUGGUGCUGGGAAUGAAAUAAACCACGUUUUUCAAAUCAUUUGUCACAGAUGUGUAACAUUCACAUUUAGGCCACUCUCGAACAGUGUCCCAUGCAUUAGUCUGUGUGUAUGUGUGUGUGUGUUUGUGUAGUCUAGCCUUAUAAGCUGCAUGUCUAGACCCUAACCUCAGGGCUGAACAGUAAAAAUGUAAAAUGUAACAGGAAAGUCAAAAUGGCUGACUCACUGUCUGCUGGCAGUGUGUGUGUGUGUGUGUGUGUGUCUGCCAGAGAGUCUAACAGGCUGUCUAACCCAGUCAGCUUGGCACGUCACUGUCUGACUACAAUCUACCUCUACGUUAGAACAAAAUGGAUACCGCUCAUAGCAUUGCUGCUUCCUAAAAACUGUGCAUUAUCUUCUCUUAAAAGGUGUUAGGGGCAACAAUACUGUGUGCAGGAUUAUGUUGUUUUUUGUCAUUAUCUUCAUCUUCAUCUUGUUUCGGCCUGUACACAUUUUGGAUAUGGUCGAUUCCAGAGUUAUGGACAUUACAUUUGCAAGCAAAAUCACAACUUUAAUGUCUCACAGAAUGGACAAACAAAUUAUAAAUGUUGAUGUGUAUGUUUAUAUUACCCCUUGGGGGGAGUGUAUAGCCCCCAGCGAACUUUUAAAUAUUGUCAUGUUGGAGAAAUAAAGCAAAUAAGAGGCUUUAUGGAUUCUACAUGGAAUGGACAAGCAUUAUGGGGAGACGGAACAUAAUAGCAAAAGUCUGUGAGGUUGUAAGUCAGGUCAAAACAUGGAUAGCCAUUUCGAAGGAAAGGCUUGGCUGAACACAAAAACGAUAAUUUUGAAAAUAUUGUAAUUUCCUUAUUACUUUAGAGAGGAAAAAACGACUUAUGUAUGGUACAGUGGGAGGGCCCUCCAUUAUGAUGUUCGCUCCUGAAAGUGGCGCAGUGGUCUAAGGCACUAGCAAUCGCAGUGCUAACUGUGUCACUAGAGACCUGGUUCGAAUCCAGGCUCUUUCGCAGCCGGCCGCGACCAGGGAGACUCAUGGGCGCGCGUGCGCACAAUUGGCCCCAGCGUCGUCCAGGUAGGGAGGAAUGCCGGCAGGAUGUAGCUCUUUGAUAGAGCAUGGCGUUUGCAACGCCAGGGUUGUGGGUUCGACGCCAGGUUGUGGGUUCGAUUCCCACGGGGGGCCAGUAUAACAAAAAUAUGUAUUCCACUAACUUAAGUCCGCUCUGGAUAAGAAAGAGCGUCUGCUAAAUUUCUAAAUGUAAAUUAAAUGUAUGUUACAGGUCUGAAAUAGACAUUCAAAUCUCAAAGAUUUUCAUUAUCACAUCUAUCAUAAUUUGUUGUCAUUUGGAUUGUUUUUAAAAGGACAGCAGAAGGCACCGUACUUUAGCAUUGCAUAAUUACAGGUAGCCUGAAUAGUAUACAAGGCCAGUCACUACACCCUAACAUUGUUUGUUCUCCACUUUAUAUAUAUCAAAAGUAACCUUUACCAAUUGAAUGAAGACAUAAAUAUAAGAUUAUUUUGUAUUACAACUUUUCAGAAAUAUGCAAAUUAGACAAUAUACAUGUUCCUAUACUGCCAAUCCACCUUUAUGGACACUGGAUAAAGUCGUUAUAUUUUGGGGGGAUUUCAUUUGAAGAAGAAAAAAAACACUCCAGGACUAUUCACAGAUGUUGAAAAACACUCUUUAUCAUCAUUCUAUCUAAAACACUGUACUGCCAUGGGUGAGAAAUGCAUUUCAGCAUAUAUUUUCAGAGAGAAUCUUAGCUAGAACACAUAUUUUUCAAGAUAAAGAAUUGCUUCAGUAAAAGUCUGAAGAAUACAUCCCAGAACAAGCACACAAAAUGUGGUGAAUGCACAAUCUUCUGAAGCUAAGAUAUGAUACAUCAAUAUCCAUCACAUCCACAACCGCAAUGGAUGUUACGGAUAUCAUAAUGCUGAAAAAGGAUACUGACAAUGAAAAGAGAGAAACCAAUUAUAGACCAUAUACAACCUUGAAAGUUAUCUUUACAGAGAAAGUUUCAAGAUGAUCCGAUGUAAGGUGCAUGUUUUACUAAAACAUUUCCUUAAAACGUUAUGGAUGUUACAUUGUCUGUGCCAUUCACACCCCUAUCUUUACAAGACUGUAGAACAAAACACACAACUCAAGACACUUCAAUUUGGUCUAUAGUGCUUCAUUAACAUAUCAUCUUCACAACUAAUACUGGGGGACAGCUGUGAGUGGAAAAACAAGCUACUGAGCUCUUUCUAAAAGCCAUGAAAUAUGAUUGACUGAAAAGCCUUUUUUGAGACUUGGCCACCUAUGCUGUAAAUGGUCAAAAUUAAACUUUUCAAAUAAAGCCUGAACUCCAACAAGACCUUAAGCAUAAUUAUGAACGUGGUUUCAUUUGGAAAUGACUGACUUUAUUUUGGCAUGCUCAGGUUGACCUUCCCACGGAAUUGCCCAUAUCAUACAGUAUAUCACCCAUUUGGAUAACUAAUCUACCUCUCCCUGCGACUGAAUUGAAUCACAAAGAUUUCAUGAAAUACACUUUACUUGGACUUAAUAUUUUCCCCCAAAAGUCAACCGUAUCCUGUAAAUUAGAGGAAUCUCUAUAUCUCUGAUUCACAGUUCAAACAAGCUGGUGCAGCUUUGGUGUCUCUGGUACAUACAGUAUGUUAAUUAGAAUCUUAUUUUCUGAAGGAGUGGAAAAGUGAUUAAUGUGAAUAUCUGUAUGGUUCUGACCUAACUAUAUCUUCCUCUCUCUUUCUCUGCCUUUUUUCUGCUUCCUCUCUGGACUUCAUUGUCAGAUGGUAAGGGUGUGUGUGUAUGUGGAGCAGGCUUUUCUUGCAGCAGUGUCCCAUCUGAUUGAUUGAUACCAUUCCCUUUGCACUGCUAAGGCCAUAAUGACAUUAACUCCUAUCCCCGGACACACCUUUAGACUGGUCUAACUGGCCCGGUUACUGGUCUACAGGUUACUGGUCUGCCAGUGACCAGAUGACUGGCUUGGGCAUCUACCACUACUCAAAACGGUAGCUGCUGACUACAUUCAGUCAUGCAAACCUGAGAGGAAUUGCUUGGCAGAGAUGUGGUAGGGGUACUUAUCUCUUUCCCUGUCUCUUUCUCUUUAUCUCUGUAUCCCCCGUCUCUUUCUCUCAUCAGUGAGGAGUGUGCUCAGCUCUCUUUAACACUUCCCCUUAUUUUCUCUUUUCCAUUUUCUCUCCCUUGCUCCAGUUUCUUCUGCUGUGCUCUCUUACUUUUUGCAAUUAACCAUCCAUAAUUUCCCUCCUUCUUUAACUCCCCUCUCUCCCUCCUCCUAACCUUCCACUCUCCUUCCAUCUCUCAGGAGUUUGCGACCUCAGGCUCCAGUAACACUGACACAGGGAAGGCAGCAGGUAACCUGGAGACCAAAUAUAAGGUGAAGGAGCUGGGCCUGAGCUUCAACCAGAAAUGGAACACAGACAACACCCUGACCACCGAGGUCUCUAUGGAGGACCAGGUGAGUUUGAAACCAGUUUAGCCCAAAAUCAGGUUACACCGCACCAAACCAGCUCCUGACAGCACUUAAUGUUAACUCAUUGAACACCAGUAUGUAAAUGCAUCCAAUAGACUAUGAACAUUAAACCCAGAGUUUAGUCAGUAAUAUUAUUACCCUUAUUGUUCUCAUUGUUCUGUGUCUGCUGUUCACCAAUAUCUAAUUACAGGAGGCUGCUGAGGGGUGGAUGGCUCAUAAUAAUAGCCGGAACGGCGCAAAUGGAAUGGCAUCAAACACCUGGAAACCAUGUGUUUUAUGUAUUUGAUACCAUUCCACAAAUUCCGCUCCAGACAUUACCAUGAGCCCAUCCUCCCCAAUUAAGGUGUCACCAACCUCCUGUGUAUGUAAUGUAUCUCCUUCUCUGUCCUGUGUUUCUGUAGUUGGCUAAGGGCUUGAAGCUGGCUCUGGACACAUCAUUUGUGCCCAACACUGGGUAAGCUAAUCACUCACUGGUCAAUUUUUACCUCCCUCCAUAUGCCUUAGUAGUGCACAUGAACAUGAAGGAUUUUGAAAUAAACAGCACCAGUAAAGGCAGUAAAACGGUCACUUGGGCAGUUUUUUUCAUCCGUUGUCAAAUUGGGGCCCAUAAUGUCACAGUAAUCCUGACACCCUCUCUACUUUCCUCCUGUCCCCUUCCCCUCUGUCUGCAGUAAGAAGAGUGCCAAGCUGAAGACUGGUUACAAGCGGGACUUCAUCAACCUGGGCUGUGACCUGGUCUUUGACAUGGCCGGCCCCACGGUCCACGCUGCUGCCGUGCUGGGCUAUGAGGGCUGGCUGGCUGGGUACCAGAUGGCCUUCGACACAGCCAAGUCCAAACUGUCCCAGAACAACUUUGCCCUGGGAUACAAGGCUGGGGACUUCCAGCUCCACACCAAUGUGUGAGUACCACUACACCUAACCCUAACCACUGUCCAGAAGAGUUUGCUUUGUGUUUGCGCAGAGUUGCUUUCUCCAUGCGUAUUUAUUUUUGUCAUGAUCCACCAGAAGUUGAUUUAAGAGCUAUGUAGCACCUUACUGAUUAAGCCCAUGGUGUUUUGUCCUCUCAGUAACGACGGUACAGAGUUUGGUGGCUCCAUCUACCAGAAGGUGAACUGCCACCUGGAGACAGCCAUCAACCUGGCCUGGACGGCCGGCAGCAACAACACACGCUUCGGCAUCGGAGCCAAAUACCAGCUGGACAAGGACGCUUCCCUGUCUGUGGGUUCCACAACCACACAUACAUAACCACACAGAACCACAUACAAAUCAAAUCAAAUCAAAUCAAAUUGUAUUGGUCACAUGCGCCGAAUACAACAGGUGCAGACAUUACAGUGAAAUGCUUACUUACAGCCCAGUCCAUAGUGCCAGAAACAGAACCACACAACCAUCCAAAUACAUGGUUGUCUCACCUCUCUGUGUCUGUCUGUCUCCUCCUGCAGGCCAAAGUCAACAACGCCAGUCUGAUUGGAGUUGGCUACACACAGGCCCUCCGGCCAGGUAACUCAAACUGACCUUUACACCAGAUACCUAGCUGCAUCUGUCUAUAUCUACACACCUUGCCUAUUAGUACCACAGGAGUUGGGUAGAAGAAAGGAAGAGGUGAUAUCUAUGCUCUAUACAUGAAAGGAGCAGUACUUUGUGUGUUAAGACUGGUGUCUCUCUCUGUAGGAGUGAAGCUGACUCUCUCAGCUCUGAUCGAUGGGAAGAACUUCAACACAGGCGGUCACAAGGUUGGCAUGGGCUUUGAGCUGGAGGCAUAAGGAUGGAGGGAAGAGGAGAAGAGGGGGAAGGGUGAAGGAAGGGAAAGAUCCCGGAUCUGACAAAACCUCAAUGAUACCUG